ACACGCAGUGAAAACAACUACCUGGGCGUUAUCUCAGUUAGCCUUCGAUCGAUUGUCAAUUUUCAACCUAAUCCCGUAGCCCACCAGAGCCUCCCGACCCCUCUCUCAUUCCUUUCUCUCCCUCUUUCGCUCUUUCUGUCCUCCCCGAGUGAAUAGUCACACUUCCAGUCAACAGGUCCUUUCCAUCCCCGUGUCCAUACGGCUCUUUCGAGGAGGAAGUUGGCGGGCGAGACUGAGGAGGAACGAGGAGCACACACACAAAAAAAGGGGGGGAAAUCGCUUCCUAGUGAAGCCGCCCUACGCGCAUCCUCAGCCUGCUUAUUGGCGUGUCCACAUCCGCUCCAUCAUCACCGCCAUCCCUAAAAUUCCACCAUGAAGGACCGCAUGCAAGAACUUCGACAUGGAAAGGAGACAACUGAGGAGGAGGACGACGUCACUGUUGGGAUGGACAAAGGAUUCAUGGAUGAAUUCUUUGAGCAGGUAGAGGAAAUCCGAGGUUUCAUUGAAUCCCUGGCGGAGAAGGUUGAGGAGGUGAAGAGGAAACACAGUGCAAUCCUUGCAUCACCAAACCCCGAUGAGAAAACAAAGGUUGAACUGGAGGAUCUUAUGGCAGACAUCAAGAAACUGGCCAACAAGGUGCGCUCCAAAUUAAAGAGCAUUCAGCACACUAUCGAGCAGGAAGAAAGUCAAAACAGGUCGUCGGCCGAUUUGAGGAUACGCAAGACACAGCACUCCACAUUGUCUCGCAAAUUUGUGGAGGUGAUGUCCGAGUACAACACCACACAGUCGGACUACAGGGAGCGUUGCAAAGGUCGCAUUCAAAGGCAGCUGGAGAUUACUGGAAGAAAUACGACAAACGAGGAGCUGGAAAGCAUGCUGGAAAGUGACAAUCCUGCUAUUUUUACGUCAGGGAUCAUUAUGGACAACAUCACCGAGCAGGCCAUGAACGAGAUUGAAACGCGGCACAAUGAGAUCAUCAAGCUGGAGAACAGUAUCCGCGAGCUUCAUGACAUGUUCAUGGACAUGGCCAUGUUGGUGGAGAGCCAGGGAGAGAUGAUAGACCGCAUAGAGUACAAUGUGGAACACUCGGUAGACUAUGUGGAGAGGGCUGUUUCAGACACUAAGAAAGCAGUUAAAUACCAGAGUAAAGCUCGGAGGAAGAAAAUUAUGAUUAUUAUAUGUUGUGUUAUUCUGGGAAUCAUCAUCGCGUCCGCUUUAGGGGGCACGCUGGCCUAAACCUUAGCAAACACACUUACACAUAAACAGAAACAUACAUUCACUUUAACAUUUACCAUGAAUGCAAAGGUAUUACGCAAUGUUUUUGUUACGGGGCGCGUCACUUCCUGUGACACCUGACACGACGGCGACAUGUUUUGGGAUGAGUUUGGGAUUUUGUAAAAAUGUGAGGUGCUGCAACUAAUGUUUGAGUGUUGUCAACAGUAUGAUGUUUCCCCUCAAAGUAAAUUCUUGUGUGGAAAAAGUUACAAAGAGGCGUAAUGUUUCGCUCUAUUUAUACAUUCCAACUUUGAAAAUGUGCUGAGUUGUCUGUUUUAUGUACGAGCGACAUAACGGGCCACUUUUCUGAAGUCUUUUUGUUGUUGUUAUUUCAAAGUCGAAUUUGCUGACACAAACACCGUUUUUCCUCUUUUUCAUUCUCUACCCAAUGCUGACAAAGUAGUGUUGGGGCUAUAAGGAAAAGGAAAAACAAUAGUACCGUACACUAAUGUAUUUUUACUAAUAUAGGUUAACAGAAAAGUUUUCUCCAUUAAAUUUGUAUAUUUUCCAAAUGAAAUUACCCAAAUCACUACUUUUCUGGCAAUCCACAAACGCUUGAGUUACCAAACAAUACUGCGCAUGAAUAUCAUCUCAACGCUACUCCAAAAUGUUUAAUUUAUUUUGGUUACACCCACUUUACAAUGUAAUGUAGGCCACGAUACUGACCUAUCACGAAAGCUCCACCCCCCCCUUAGUUGCGGUUGCUAGUCAGACAAGCUUCGUCACUCUAUAACAACAAAAUCAUUGGGGGCAGACGUACUGUAUAUACCAGAGUGUUUUAAGUGAUUUAUUUUGCCACAAAACCAGUGCAACAUUCUCCAGAUUUAGGCAAAAUCAGUUUCCAAUAUGUUGUGGAGGGAGGUUUAUACUGAAAAUCAUAGACUUCACUAUCAGUUGACGGGAAACGGGGGGCAGGGCCGUUCCGUAGGGGUCCUAUUUUCAAAAACUUAUCAUUCAAAUAUUUUUAUAACUUAAGGCGCCAAAAAACCAAAAAAGCACCUCCCCGAGGCGUAUAUGAGUCUCCAUGAGCAGUGGCAUCAAAAAAAUUCAAAGUCGUUCCCCAAUAAAAUUCAGAUUAAUUAUUUUUUGUUGUAAGUAAAACAAAACUUAAAAUGGCUAUAAAAUUCUCAGAUUUUACGCUAGAUGCACAAAAAUCACCACAAGCAGAGGCAAUAAUCUGUAUUUUCAGGAUCAAUAGCAAAAUUUACUAUUCAUUAAACUUUUUGCCCGAAAUAGCGACUUAAAUGUUUAUUUCGUGCAGUUUUGACGUUUGUUUGAGUUUUCAACAGCUAAUAAAUCAAUUAAUUUUCACAUCAGAAAAUUUAAAACUUGAGGAAAGCAUGCAAAAUCAUCUCAAUUUUACUCAACAAAAGCAAAAUUAGCAUUUUUCUAUACAUAAUCACAAUUUAUUUAGGUUGAAUUACGAUGUCACUAUUGCCCAUCUGGCCCUCGUCGAUUUUAGGUUGAAAUGUAACAUAAAAUAAAACAUGUUAAAUAAAGUCGAUUUUUUUUUUUGGUAUGGAAGCAGUACUAGUUUUUUGCCCAAAAACAGGCAGUUGGCUGAAAAUUACCUGAUUAUUUGAAUGUUAAGUUAUGCUAUUGUGUAUAAUUACAAAAUCCAACGUGGCGGCCGUCACAAAACAAAACGUUUUUCGAAUUAAAAUUUCUUGUAAAUAAUUGCGUAAAUCCCGGAAUUUCUAUCAAUAUGACCGUAAAACAAUCUAGAUCAGGGUAGCCAACUCCGAUCCUCGAGGGCCACUAUCCAGCUUGUUUUCCAUGUCUCCCUCCUUUGAAAAAACCUGAAUCAAAUGAUCAGGCCAUUAGUAAGCUCUGCAGGAGCCUGAUAACGAUCCUGAUUAUUUGAGUCAGGUGUGUUGGAGGAGGGGACAUGGAAAACAAGCUGGAUAGGGGCCCUCGAGGAACGACGUUGGCUACCCCUGGUCUAGAUUCUUGGUAAAAAGCAAACAAAACAGGCAGUUAUCUUCAUUUUAUGUAAAUAUUUCAAGCUAAAGUUACGCAAUUUCCCCCCCCAUUCAUUUCAGUUUUUUCAAACGUUUCAAAGUGCAUGCACGGUGCUAUUUUAUAUAAUAAUUGCCUUGAAUCCUUGACCAAAUCCCUCUCGAGAGACUCCUACCUGCUUGUACGCAUCAAAACUGUCAUCCUGUUUCCACUUAAAUUCGACGAUAGAACGCAGCAUAUGUUUAUCGCAGUGAAAGCCGCCACGACACUCUGCCUGGCCAGGAAGCCGUGGCGUAAUGUCUGUAGGAGCUGUCUCGUCAACUGAUGGUGAAGUCUAUGUUUAAAAUAUAAAAAUACACUCGCAAAGAAUGCACUGCGAACGAAGACAUGAAGUUAGCUGACUUGAUAACUUAAAGAGUAUUACAACACCUGGGGAAACGCUCAUAUUCCAUCAUUUAUCCAUAAACGCAUGCCUUUUGGAUUUAUGUCGUGCAACUUCGUGUAAUUGCACACAUCGCAACACCAAUAAAACAAAAGAAAUUUGGAUCGAUUGUCAAGCUAAAUCAACCGGCUCCCGAGAUCCCGGAAAUCUAGCAUAUUGCGUGCGUGACGUCACAACUAGGAAACACCCGGCUCAGUGCUUAGUACUGAAUGGCGGCGAUGAUGGCGGACAAUUUUGUCUCUAGUUGCAGCGACUAAUCCGACAUAACGAACGUUCUUCUACUGGUGACGAGGAGAGUUAUGAACCUUUCUUUGGUGUUUUGGGUUAUCAGUUUGAGCCCAAACAAAAGCCAAUGCAGCCUAAUUACACGAUCAUUGAGGGGAGCAAUCACACUGAUGAAACACCGGCAACAGAUCGUGUGGGAAACACAGAAUGGUUUGUUUUGCAUUUCUUUUUGUGAAGCUGAUACACGGUGACCGCAAAAUAAAGUAAUGUAUAGAAUAAUUAUCAUUUAUUGUGCUAUCAUAGGUUUUCGCUCUGCCAAUAGACACAAAUAUGAAUGGGAUUAGAGGAUUUGUUGUACAUAUUUUACGAGCGAUAAUUUAUACAUUUAUCCAGUCCUAUAUCCAACAUGUGAUAUGUUUUUUAUUAUAAAAGAGUACUCAUUCUGGCCAUUUUGAGCUUGGCUGCUCCCCUCCUUUGCUUAGCCUGGCGUGGUGGGGUGGUCUCAUCAGUGCCAGUCAUCGUCAUCUUUCUUGAUAUCUCGGGACAUUUAGGUGGCUGCGCGUGUACGGUGGGCGCCGCAUCUGCUUUCAGCAGCAAUUUCUUAGCAAAACCUGAUUUCAUUUGUCCGUAGUUCAAAGAGCUUUCAGGUGUAAAAUGCGCAUCACAUAAAGCCGUGCCGGAGGCUGGGUCUGCAAAAUUAGCCCUCUUUGCACAGGCGAACUUUACUUAUUUAUUGUCUGCGUAGUCCAGCUCUUUUUCUCGCGUUCAGGAAGUCAUGGCGACAAAUGGCUAUUUGUACACCACAUAGCAUGACAGGUUUGAACCAUUUUGGGUCAUAGUAUACGUCGUAGUUUUUUUUUUUUUUUUCCUCUGUUGCCCUAACACUACUUUGUCAAAGUCCUCUCCUCUACCUCCCUUAUGAAGUAACAACAAAAUAAACAUCCUGCAUGGUUAGGUUUGGUGUAAAACUGAUUGUAUUACAUCAGGAUCUCAACGUUAAAAAUGCCCUCCUGCUUCAGUUGCAAACUUCCUCCCAUCAUGAGUGCAAGUUCCUUUAGCUCCUUAUAAGGGUGUGCGUGAGUGCAUGCGGAAGAGGAGGCGUGUUGUAUUGUCUCAACACGUUCAAGUGCGUUAGGGGAAAGGGAUGAAAUGACUUGUCAUUUUGUUUUGUAAGCUUGCUUAACACUGCCAGUAUGCUCCAAAAACUGGAGUCUGCCCAGGUUGAGAUAUAUAAUUAAUGACUCCUUUUUUGUGUCUUUUGAGAACCGUUGAGCUUUAAUUGUCCAUUCUGUUGGUUCUUACUUGAAGAUGUCAGCAUGAAUUCAAAGUAGCCCAGUAAAAAACAAAGAAAAAAAUAACUCAUCAAACUGCAACCGUGCUACCAUGUUGCCUAUUCAACCUGCUGCCUUUGUGUUGUGUUGUAAUGAUAUGGUUUUGUUUUUCAACUUGUCUUGUUUUCAAGUAAAGCUUGUCUGAAAAAACAAAAACGGUGCUUGUGUAUCUCUCUGACAAUCACUUCCAAGAAAGGCCAAGAUACAGAUGGGCGUUUACAGACAAAUCGUAGUUCAGAUUUGUAUCAGUGUCUUGGUCAAAAAUGUGAACUACACACAUCCCGGCUUCACAAACUGGUGUGUGGAACUUUUGAAAACCGCAAUUUCCUAAAUUAUGGUGUUUUUCUAAAAAAGUAUUAGUUCAUCGCAGUUAAACAUCUAAAUUUGUGAAGUUUCAAGU